AAAAUACUUCAUACUUGUAGUAUUUAUAAAAAGUUAAACCCGGUAUUUUUAUUAACGUUUGAAUUUAUUAUUUAGCUUUUUACUACGUCAUCAGAAAGCGACAAAAGUGUUCCUGCGCAGCCCUGACAGCCUGCUAGACAAGCAGACACCGUCGACUAUUUAAUCCCAGAUGACGGCGUUGACGCGUAGGACCGUGCUGUCUCUGUACACACGGGUGCUUCGCAUCGCCCGGACCUGGCAGGCAGAGAGCGGAGUCGCUGGCGACACAGAGGCUGAGAGGAAGUACAUACUUCAGGAAGCUCGUGCUCUGUUUAGACGGAAUCAACAGCUCAUGGACCAAGAGUCAAUAAAGAGGUGCAUAGAAGAGUGUGAAGCGAGGAUAGAAAUAGGUAUACACUACAAGAAUCCAUAUCCCAGGCCUGUCCACUUGCCCCCACGUGGCUUAGCCACUCAGAAGGACAGGAAGCUGCGAGCGCAGCAGCGCCUGAGGAAGCAGGCCAAGCCAAUUUACUUGCUGUCACAUGACGAGACCUGAAGCUCCAUUUCACCGUUCCUCUCCAGUUCAUGUUUCCCAGGACGGGAAACAAGAGUGCAGUCACGGGCCGAUCACGGGUUGGGCUUUGUUUCAAGCCGUCAUUGAAACGUGAAAACCUGUCAGUUAGGAAAAAAACAGUUAUUUGCCAUAAUUUUCUGUAAACUAUGUAAAUAAGAUCUUUCUAUGGCUGGGGAGUGUGGGUGUGAUUGGAGAUUGUGUGAUAUAUAUAUUUUUUGAGUUUUCAAGUAUUUUCUUGAGCAUUUCCAAGUAAAUGCUUGGGUUUUAUUUGUCUUUGCAUUGUAAACCAUACAUUUAACUCUUGCUGUGUGAUCAAAAACCAAACAAUUCAACUUGAUAAUUCUUGUUUCUCUAGCAUGCAUUCAGGCUGUGGUUUCAGAAAAUGGGGGAGGAGUGCAUCUGUUGGGCUCAGAAGUAAGAAAAAUGACAGAUAUACCAAAGAAGGUGUUUGUGUGAUAAGAUCAGAAAUUGAUUCAAUGCACACAGAUAAUAAUGGUGUUGGUCUAAUGUGACUGGUGUGAAGGUUUUCACUUUGCCUAGUGGCAAGAGAGAGAGAAGGGAAGUGUCUGCAUGUUUCACAAGCUGAUGUCAGCUGAUACACCAGACUCAGUCUUUGGUGUCUGAACUGUGGUGUCUCUGAAAGUAAACAGUUCUUUUGUAACCCAGUAGCUUAGGUUUACACCAGCAUGUCCUACAUAGACUGUCGUUAGUCUGUUAGGCUCUCUGUCAGACCACAGUGAAAGACGAGAGCCUGCACUUUUAAAGGGGAUGGCGAUUGUUUGAGGCUCGUACUAAAAGGAUCCUCAGGGCAGGCUGUGAAGUUAUCUCCUAGAUCUCAAAAGGUCACACAAGGAGACGGAGGAUAGAAGAGGACAUCACAUGGCUUCACAGCUGCCUUGUCCUUCUUGUGCCCUUAGGGGUUGACGCGGCUUAUCUUCUGUUUCAUCUCAUGUCUUAACUUUUUGUCAUUCUCUCUUCAGUCAUCCAUCUGUCCUCAUCACAUGUCCAAACCCUCUCGACUUCAACUCACUGACUUGUUUUCCAAAUUCUCAACCUUAGCUGAUGUUGGUCAUUUUAAUCCUGUAUUAUUUUCUGCUGCACUGUCACACAUUAUCCACCAGGUGUCGCACCAGGAUUUGACUUAACGCUAAAACCUUAGCUGACGUAGUUCAGUGAGUUCAGAGCCACGGCUGUAAUCAUCAGUGUGAGUGCGAACCACAUGCCUUGCUCAGCAUUUGAAGCACCUGUAGCGCAACCAAACAGACCACUUAAAACACAGGCGUGACGCAGAUUUAUUAAUCAAAACCAAGAGAAAAUCCAGAGAAGUUGUCUUUUCUUUAGACUCUGUGUCACAGACCACUGCAGCUUUCAAUAUUGGCCUAGCAUACACAAAAAAUAUAUAAAUGCAUGUAUAUAUUCCACUUAGUUAAAGGGCAAGGUGGUUGCUGUUGUCUCUGGAGACCAAAUUAAACUCUGUGAUGAAUGAGUGUCCUGGCUGUAAUUGUUCACUGCUGUGAGAGCAGCAGCAGCAGCAGUCAACUGUCUUCACAUUAAUGCUGAGAAAAGACCCAGUUCAUUUAAAUCCAUCUUGUGGACCCCUGAGUCAUGUCUUUCAUGGUCUGAUUUACAAAUGUGUCUCUGUGUUUACACUGAAUGUGUGAACAGAUACUUGACUUACCUCAUCAGAAUAAAAGCACAGCCAGGCUUUAUUAACUAUUUAGUGCAAUUUAGUACAAUACCAAUCAGUAAGUAUUAGUAAACUCUCUGCUCAUUUAUUUCUGUGGGAAUUGUUUGGUGGUAAUUGUUAGUUAAUUGUGUGGUAAUGGUUAAUUAUUUUGUGUAACUCACUUUAAGAUUGACUCAUUCUGACCAUUCUCAGGCGACAGUCUUCAGUUUUCUGUGCUGUAAUUGAUCUAAUGUUGAGAGGAACACAUCGGCAGAGUGACCACAGUCUGAAUAGAUGUUUGUUUAUUGAUGGACUGGGAAAAAUAAUAAAAUAAUUUGUGUAUUUUUGUCUAUUAUUAGACUGGCUCUCUUCCAUGUCUGAACUAUUUUUAACUUUUAUUAUUUGUUAUUUGACUAAAGUGUGCGUUUGUACACUUACAUUUGCUUUGCUUGUAAUGAUUAAACAUACAAUC